AUGGGUUCUCUUCAUCACAAUGACGAGCUUGAGGCAGUAUGCUCAGCUUUGCAAUCCAUAACUCAGCGUCUAGCAUCAACGACUCAAGAUGUCAAAAACGACCCCAUCAUCAAAGUCGCACAGCCCUCAGACGUUCCCUAUCUUCAAAAGAUAGGAACACCAGGUCAAGCGCACUCAAUCGACCAAGUCGUGGAAGAAGCCUUCACCGCAUUCGACCACCGUAUGCGCGUCAAUCACCCUCGCUUCAUGGGCUUCAUCCCCUCGCCUACAUCGCCCGUAGCUUGGCUAGGCGAUAUAGUAGCCAGUGCAUUCAAUGCACUUGGUGCUUCGAAGCUUCAAGCCUCAGGACCUGUUGUUAUUGAAAAGACGUUGAUUGAGUGGUUGGCUGGGAGGGUUGGGUUUCCCGCCAGUGCAGGGGGGAUUUGUGUCUCGGGUGGUUCAAUGGCGAAUUUGAUGGGGAUUGUGCUUGCGAGGGAUCGUUUUGUGCCACAUGGUGAAACGGCAAAGGCAGUUGCGUAUCUUUCGGAUCAGACGCAUUACUCUGUUGCCAAAGCUAUGAGAAUGCUUGGGUUCGAUAAAAAGCAGAUUCGGCGAUUACCUGCGGAUGAAAACUUCAGGCUUGACCCGGCUCUUUUAGCACAAACGAUUCAGGAUGAUCGCAAAGCUGGCCUUGUACCAUUUUUGGUGGUUGGAACUUGUGGGACGACAAACACGGGCGCCAUCGAUCCUCUACCCGAAAUCGCAGAGAUUUGUAAAAAGGAGCAGAUCUGGCUGCACGUCGACGGCGCUUACGGCGCUUCAGCAACUCUAUCCACAACACGCCACGAGACAGUCGCCGGGCUCAAGUACGCCGACAGCAUGUCAUGGGACGCGCACAAAUGGCUCUUCCAAACCUACAGCUGCGGUCUUCUCCUGGUAAAAGACAAGUCCAACCUUCUCCGAAGCUUUGCAAAUGAGGGGGAUUAUCUUCGCGACGGUGUAGCAAUUGAAGAUGAGGAUAUUCCAAACUUUUGGAACUACAGCAUGGAGCUCACUAGACCAGCGAGUCGCGCUAUGAAGUUGUGGUUUACACUGAGGGUUAUUGGUGUUGAGAGGAUUGGGGAGAUGAUUGAUCAUGGAUUUGAUCUUGCUGAGCGGGCGGAGGAGGAGUUGAGAAAGUUACCUGACUGGGAGAUUGUCAGCGCUGCUAGCUUGGGCGUUAUAACAUUUCGUUAUGCGUCCUUGGGGUUGACCGAAGAUGAACUUGAGAUUAUCAACAGUGGUAUUUCAAAGAGUCUCAUCUCAAGCAACAAAGCCGGGAUUUUGACAACCAAGGUUCGAGGAAAGGUAGCUUUGAGGAUUUGUGCAUUGAGUCCGCAGUUGACGUUAGACGACAUGUCCGACAUAAUCCACGAAGCCAACCUCCUCGUCACCAAGAGCAUAAAAGCUAGCAAUGGAGUAAGAGACUAGAUUUUUCUUUAUCAG